AUGGGCAGCAUCGCGCUUCUCGUCGUCGUCUGCACGUCGUCGUCGUGGCUGCUCCUCCCUCACCCUGCUGCGGCGGCCACGGCACCGAAGCUGCCUGUUCGGGCGGUGAACCUCGGUGGCUGGCUGCUGUGGAGGAUCAACGAGACGACCUUCAACUUGAGGGUGAACGGCGGGCAGUUCUGGGGCGUCAAUAGUACCGGUGCGCUUGUGGCGACGGCCACCACGCCUGGGCAAUCCGAGACGUUCCAGCUCAUGCGCAGGGACAGCGACAAGAGCCGAGUGCGCAUCAGGGCGCCAAAUGGGUUCUUCUUGCAGGCGAAGACAAUGGCAUCAGUGACGGCGGACUAUGGCCAGAAUACAAAAUGGAGUGACAAUGACCCCUCAGUUUUUGUAGCAAACAAUGUGGGUGGCUUACGAGGGGAGUAUCAGUUAUGCAAUGGCUAUGGCAUAGCAAAUGCAACACAGGUGCUCAUGAACCACCGGAACAUAUUCAUAACUGAGAGGGACUUCAAUUUCAUGGUGUCAAGUGGACUGAAUGCGGUGAGAGUCCUGGUUGGAUGGUGGAUUGCAAGUGGCGACAACCCUCCUCCUCCUUUCGUUGGAGGCUCUCUCCAAUUCUUGGACAAGGCAUUCAGCUGGGGACAGAAAUACAACAUUAGUGUUAUUGUCACAUUGCAUGCUUUGCCGGGGUCACAGAACCCAUAUGAGCACAGCGCAACCAGAGACGGGUCACAGGAGUGGGGCAAUACCGAUGCAAACAUCGCCCAAACCGUGCAAGUCAUCGACUUCCUUGCAAAAAGGUACGCGAACAACACAGCCCUCUUGGCCAUCGAGCUGCUCAAUGAGCCGUUGGCACCGGGAGCAAAUCUGUCUGUACUGAUGAAAUACUACCAGGACGGCUACAAUGCAGUGCGUCGGUACACGCCGGCAUCCUAUGUGAUCAUGUCUAACAGGCUAAACAUAGCAAACCAGACCGAGAUCCUUCAGUUCGUGGGCAGCUUCGAUGGCGCCGUCCUCGACGUUCUUGAUUUGGUACACUCUGUCAAGCAUGGCGGUCGACAAGAGGACGAGAUAAGUUUUUGA